AUGAAGUUCUUCAGCACCGUCAUCGCCUUCUCGGCCCUCGCCGGCGUCGCCCUCGCCAGCCCUCAACGUGGAGGACCAGGAGGUGGCUACGGCCGUCCUCCCCCACCGCCGCCCCCCCCGGCGCAUACCGCCCCUUCCAAGCCCAGCGAGCCGGCCUCUUCGCCCUCUAGCUCGAGCGCGGGUCACGACGACGGUCAUGGGGCGUCGACCACCGCCGGAGGUCCGCCUGUGGCCACAACCACCACCGCAGCAGCAGUGCUCGGCGAACACGGACCGUCCACCACCACCACCGUCGGCCACGGCGCCUCGACCACCACCGCCGCGACCACCACGACCAGCGUGGUCAAGGGCACCGUGACGUGCCUGAGCAGCGCGGCGGCGACCAGUGUGGUGAACGGAUUUGCAUCCUUGCUGACGGCGUACACGAACGCGACGGCCGAGGCCCUGCUGGCCGACGACUUCACCGACACGUCAGACUCGAUCAACUUCCUGGCCGGCAACCCACUGGGCAGCGUGACGUUCCCGAGCAAGCUGGCGUUCGAGCUGGGCCAGGGCACGCAGCCCGCCAUCGGCUUCGAGCUGCUCAACAUCGACGCCAUCACCUGCACUGUCAUCGCCUUCCGCUGGGAAGCCAUCCUCGGCACUGCCAGCCCCGUCAAGGGCAUCAACAUCCUCUACACCGAGAACCCCACCCAGACCGAGAACGGCUGGCAGAUCCAGAGCGUCUUCUCCGAGUUCAACUCCGGCCUCUGGACCACCGAGAUCGGCGGCACCUGUGUGCCCCCGUCCCAAGCCCGUCGCUUGCACUAA